AUGUUCUGCGCGAAGCUGAAAGAACUGAAGAUAUCAGGAGAGUGUCCAUUCUCCAGCAGCGCCAAGAAUAAUGAGCUCGGAGACUUUGAGGAGAGCUCAGUUGACGCCGUGGAUUUAUUGCCUAUUUCUAGGGACGUGCAUGGAAAAAUAGGUGAGGAUCUACCUCAACAGAAGACAAGCAGAGCCAAAGUUAACCUGCAUACACUUGGAGAGAGCAUACGAAAAUUGGCAUGUCCCGAGUUUCAAAGGCUGCACACUGCCCUCCAACGAAUGAUGAGACUAUCAGAUCACACCAGGGACUCUGAAAGUCCAAUAAUUUGCUGUACCGACUAUCAGAGUUGCAGUGAUGAACCAGAGCAUUUAGUAGAAAUGAUGAACAUAUACUCGACCAAAACAGCAAUCCAGAUGGAAGCUCUGAGAGUAGCUCUUGGCGAGGAGCUCUUCAACAUGUGUUAUGAGGAGGAUGGACACAUUUUGAGGGUGGUGGGGGGAGCUCUCCACGACUUCCUCAACAGCUUCAAUGUCUUGUUGAAACAGAGCAGCACGCUGCCCAACCCGGACAGAGAGGAUUGUGUAAACGAACCUUCGGUGCUGUGCUUAGACAAGGAUCUGGGUCUGCUUACUGUCUAUUUCUUCAACCCCCGCCCUACCACUGAGCUCUUUUUCCCUGGAGUCAUCAAAGCUGCUGCCCGCCUGCUGUAUCACACCACUGUGGAUGUGUUGAUGGACCCCCCCAGUGCUAAAGACAGCAUAUUGCAGUCCAGCCCGCAGCCCAGUCUUCUGUACACAGUUGUAGUUAAGGAUGCUAAAAAUCUGAGCCCCAGUCCGCUGCGGGCUACCUCAGCUGGGACCCUUCCUACCUCUCUGUUCUCCACCAUCUUCCCUUUCCAUCUGAUCCUGGACCAGGACUUGGUUCUGAUACAAAUAGGACAUGGGCUCAGGAAGAGACUGAUCAGGAAGGAUGGACUGAGGCGGUCUGCUACCUUCCAAGAACACUUCUCUAUUGUUUCCCCCCAGAUCAAAUGUACCUUUCAGGGUAUUCUGACCAUGCUGAACACACAGUUUAUCAUUCGGAUCAAGCAUGGAGUCUCCAUCACAGAUAACACGGGAAAGCUCAUGGACCUUAAAGGUCAGAUGAUCUACGUUUCAGAGUCCAACGCCAUCUUGUUCUUGGGCUCACCAUGUGUGGACAAGCUGGAGGAGCUGACAGGCCGCGGCCUCUACCUGUCAGACAUCCCUAUUCAUAACGCACUGCGUGACGUGGUGCUAGUUGGUGAACAGGCCAAAGCCCAAGACGGUUUGAAGAAGCGGCUGGGGAAGGCUAAGGCAGCCUUGGAGCACGCUCACCAAGCACUGGAGGAGGAGAAGAAGAAGACGGUGGACCUCCUCUUCUCCAUCUUCCCUGGCACAGUGGCACAACAGCUGUGGCAGGGCCAAACAGUCCAGGCCAAGAAGUUUGAGCGAGUUACAAUGCUCUUCUCUGACAUUGUGGGUUUCACGGCUGUUUGCUCACGCUGUACCCCGAUGCAAGUGAUCACCAUGCUCAAUGAGCUGUACACCAGGUUUGACCACCACUGUGGAGAGCUUGAUGUUUAUAAGGUGGAGACCAUUGGUGAUGCGUAUUGUGUAGCUGGUGGGUUACACAAGGAGAGCGAGACUCACGCCGUCCAAAUAGCACUUAUGGCCUUAAAGAUGAUGGAGCUUUCAAACUAUGUUAUGACGCCAACUGGAGAACCAAUACAGAUGCGUAUAGGCCUCCACACUGGUUCAGUACUGGCUGGUGUAGUUGGGGUGAGGAUGCCACGCUACUGCCUUUUUGGGAACAAUGUCACAAUGGCCAACAAGUUUGAAUCGUGCAGCGAACCUAGAAAAAUCAACAUCAGCCCUACAACCUACAGAUUGCUGAAGGAUCGGCCAGAGUUUGUCUUCGUUCCCAGGAGCAGACAGGAGCUUCCGGCCAACUUCCCAGAGGACAUCCCUGGUGUUUGUUACUUCUUGGAGGCCUCCUUCAAAACUUCACAACUGACUCUGAAAUGAAGUCAAGCUGCUGCAGAGCCCAGAAAACAUUAGAUAUGAUGAAGCAUAAACGUAUCCAGUGAACACAGUGCGAACACCUUGUGUAUUUUGAUUUGGGUUGUUUAGAUAUUGAUGACAUUGUCUAUCAGUCAAACGUCUCGCAGCUGCUUAAUGACAGAGAUGUCAGUUUGCUGUCAAACAUGAGUCUUGUCUCUGUACAAUUAUCCAUUUGUAUAGUUGUAGCAGAUACAUACUCACAUCCUCCAUUUGUUUUAUUCCAGAAUGAGUCAUGUGCAAAUUUAUGACACAAGUUUCUUUCCAAGCUCCCACCAGAGAUAUAUACAGUAUGCUGUCAAAGAAAGGAUUGGAAACUGUUUUGUUCAUUUUAACAUUGUAGAGGUACAAAAUACACUCAUUUUAUCAAAACAAGUCAAAAGUUGCUUCUGGUUUGCUGUAAAGACAUUUAAAUAUAUCAUCAUAAUGUCGAUAUGAUACAGAAAUACAUUUUGGAUGUUGAUCCCCAAUAUGAUAAACAGAGUGGUUCCUUAUAUCAGGAUGGUUUUGUGUAAAUAUCUGACUGGUCCAUUCACAUCUUUCCAGACUAGCUACCUGCUAAAGCACCGUGGCCUGUUGCAGCGGAAGAAAUUAAGAUUAAAACUAAAUUGGUUUUGUGUGUUUCAGUGGAGUGAACAUAUAAUUUGGAAAAGUUAAAGCAAAUUACAAAAUUAUUCAAAAGAUUUAGGGAAGCAGAUUCAGGGGCCUUAUGGGACCUAUACAGACAGGAUCACAGAUGUUAGAGUUUCAAAUAAAUGAUAUGUAGUUAUAUUUACUUUUUUUUCUUUAGAGGUGGAUCAAUAUAAAUUUACAUGUCAGUAAUUUUUUCCAGAGGUUUGUGGUUCCAACUCAGUAUAUAUUUGUAAUAAAAUGUAACUUAGACUUCCAUUUAUUAGAGAUAAAGCAUUCCAAGACCGCAUUUUCCUAAUAUAAGUAAUGUACAUGUAUUUUUUACUUUUUUUCCACUGUACACAUGUUUAUACUCUAUUUAUUAGGUUGGUUUCAUUGCACUCCUUUACUAUAUAGCAGGAAUACAGCACAACAAGAAUACAAUGAAUGUUCUACUGUCACUCAUAAUGAUGUGCUUUAAUCAUUAUUGUAAUGUAACC